AUGUCAAUUCAGAACUACUUUCAACCUGGUCCAAGUCUCACCGUUCCCGAGCCAUCAAUCCUUAGCAGACACCAACAGCCCCAGAGUGCCCAGUUAUCAGACAUCCUGAGAGACGAGCGAUCGAGGACCGCCGAGAGAAGGCAUGAAAUCAAUUUCCACAAUCCACUAAUCACACAUUUACCACCACAAGGCUACAAGCAGACUCAGUCUGCUCUAACAACAACGACCGACCAAGAAACUCAAGCCAAGCAUCCAGCCACCUCUGAUUCACCCUCAAUGUCUGCCAGAAUCCUCGAAAAAGCUGAAUCCCUCCAUCUGAGGUCUGAUUUGUAUCAAAAUUUUCGCUUGUACCUUCAAGACGCAGGCGAUGACAUCGCUUCUGAGUAUUUGAACAUGCUGGAUGACCUUGUUUCCGAGCUCAAGCCAGAUGCACUGAAGCAUGAACUCUUAAUCGAAUUUGCUCACGGUAAAUCGUUGGCCCCUCCAUUGGAAAGAGCUUUUCGACUACUUGAAAUUUGUGAUCGUAAAACUCUUCAGGAGAAAUUUAUUCAGCUGGCUUUCAUCAGACGUUACCCAAAUUUCUACCUGAAGAAAGAACUCAAUCUAGAUGAAAGAGCUCAAUAUCUCGAAGUUCCCGUGAGCACAGGCAUUAAUAAGUUGAAGGCCAAAUACACCAAUAAUGUCUUGGAGUUGGAUGUCAUCGCGAAAGGCUUCACAUCAAAGUAUCUUGGACACGACAAAAUUGUCGCCCCAACCUUGAAAACUCUGAUCAAUUACGUUAAGUUAUGGGAAUCCGAGAUCUACUUGGCGCCCUACACGUGCUUGAUUGGUCCCACCAUGAUUGGAAAGAGUCGCUUGCUGCAGAAAAUAGCCGAGGAAGUCUGUGUGCUGUAUAUCUGCCUCCGUCCCGAGGGUUCCACUGGCGAACCCAAAAGAUCGCUUCUCGCAACCAACAUGUUACCCGAGUCGUCCGCUGAUUACGAAGUUUACUAUGUCCGAGUCAUUGCAGCACUCUUACUUGUCACUGUCCGGUUUUUCCAGUCCAAGCAAAGCAAAGACUCCAAAGAGAAAUAUGAAGAGUGGAACAAGCACCAAACUACAGCACAUUUUCGCAGAGACGUUCUGGUAGAGUUAGAAAACUCUGAGCAAAUCACCUCCAAGACAACUGCUGCCCAGCAUCUCGUAACGGCAGUUAACGCAGUCCAAGCGGUUUUCUCGAAAGUUCCUGGCCUAAAGGUAUUACUGGCGAUUGACGAGGCCAGUUCCAUGCUUCAAACACCAACGGAACCAAAGGGCAAUGUCACCUCGUGGUUUCGCCUCUUUCGCCGUGCUUUGAGCACAAUCCAAGAAGGCGCCGGUAUAUUCGCCAUCCUAGUCGACACGACCUCUCGUGUAUCCAAUUUCUUGCCAAUAGACCGAGAGGACCGAAGCUCACGGGCCCUUGGCCCUCGUGGAAAACCGCGCAAAUUAUUUGCUCCUAUCUACAUGAUACGGACCUUUGACCUGUUGGCCCCCCCUCGUUCACCAUUAAGUUGGGACCAGUUAUUCUCAUCGGACCGGCUCUGUAAAUAUGGCGUUCCUUUUUUUGAUAUAUACCUUGCCGAUUCGCUUGAACUAGGCCGUGCGAUUUCCUACGAUGCUGCUAUUCCCUCAAUAGUUCAUUUUGCUUUAAAGAAACUUCUCUGCUCCGAAGACAUCACGGACACAAUCACGUUGACUGCGGCCCGGGCACUUGCGUUACUCGGCCCAACUGUCGGAGUUCCUCUUCAUGGCCAGGCACAUCUCAAUGUAGAACUUACGGCAUCACAUGCGGCGCACGUUGGUUACCUUGAUCCAACCCGGGAAUAUCAACACAGCUUCUACCCGUCGCAACCAAUUUAUGCGCUAGCUGCCAACAACCAUCUGCAUCAGUAUGAGACUCUCCUUGUAUCGUGUAUCAAAUCUCUGACGUCUAUACUAUGCCAAGGCAACAUUGGUACAGGGGAUGCUGGCGAAUGUGCCAGCAGAAUCAUUCUGCUGUGUGCCAUGAAUAAAACACUGGCUGACAUGGAUAGCGAUCGAACAACCAAAGCAACCACCCAGUCAAACAAGCGGGCAAAAACGGUCGACCGGCGGAACACAAACAAUCACCCCACUGUGCACGCAGACAGUCGAUCGCCUUGGAAGCCAGUUCCAGUGGAAAAGUUCUUGGAAACUCUGACUGGCCUACCAGCAAAUGAUCUGCUGCUUGGCUCUAUCAACGAUACUCACAAGAAGAAACUACUUGGACAAGGCAUGAUGUUCUGGAACCAUUUCCACUUUGCCCUGUCGACGCCAACUGUUGAAUCAUUGAUGAAAUGCAUCGAAAGAGGGGCGGCUAUCCAAUGCCACUCUCAACAACCCGGAAUCGACCAUGUCUUACCGAUCUACUUAAAAGAUGAAACUGUCGAGAUGGACCAAACGCAGAUGACCUUUUGCGGGAUUCAAGUCAAAAAUCGUGAAAAUGACAGCACCGUGUCCACUUCUGCUCAAGAAAUGACGCAUAAAAAAACGAUGAUCAACACAAAUACCAAGAAUCCCUAUCUUGUGCUACACUUUAGUUUGAGACACAAAGGCCCGCCGAAAAAAAGCAGCAGCAAUGUCAAGACACCCCAAAACUGCAGCGGCAAUGUAAAGACACCCCAAGACUAUCAGCUCACAAAGACCGGAACGCGAGGAAAGCAAAAGAAUCGAGACCCUCAACAGGCAUCCUUAGUCUUCUACGGAUUAGAUUCCUUCCCUUUUCUCAGUGCCCAAGUGAAAAACGCAUUGCAAGAACUAGUAAAUGUUCGCACCGAUCUUGUAUCUCGGCACGCAGAGGAUAUUGAUGGCCAAUGUUAUGCCAAGGACUUGAUGCUGUGCGCUGAACAGAGCUGA